ACUGUAAAAUAGAAAACGUCAACUUCAAAGCGCGACAAUGAUUGGCUACACCACAGUGAUGUAUGCUUUGACCGCCGCAUCGUUGGUCACAGCUAGACCAUACGAACUCGUUCAAUGCACCCUGGGUGUAUAUCAGAUAAUCGGAAAGGCUGACUGUACGGGCUUUUUCCUCUGUGUGUUUGGGAAACCCAUCGAGAUGCCGCCUUGUCCUCCUGGCUCGGUGUUCAGCUCCAGCGUCAACGUUUGUGUUCCUAAAGGUUCAGUGUAUGAUGACUGCAAGCAACCAACAGAGAAACGCCGCAUCCAUAUGCCUGUGCUCUCCGACCUAGGGCCUCUUAGCCCAGAGGAACGAUGCAACAUGUUCGGAGGUGUGUUCCCUCACCCAAAGGAAUGUCAAGCCUUCUACAAUUGCAGCGUCCGCUACACACCUCAGAUUCCCCGGUUCUUCGAGCAACACCUUGUUGAAUGUCCCUACCCCCAGCUGUUCAACACUGAGACCAAAGAGUGUGACUAUUUUGAGAAUGUAAAAUGUGGAAGCAGGACAGAGUUCAAGAAUGGAUGUCAAUACAGAUCCAACCAGUGUCCCAUUGCGCAUUGUAUACCUUGCAGUGUCGACCUUCCAAGUUGUAUAGGCAAACGUGACGGAAUCAACGUUCACCAGGUCAAACUUUGGAGUCCAUUCUACGCGCUAUGCUAUAAAGAACGGACGAUCAAGGUGGAUCGAUGCCCAGCUGACGAAAAUGGCCGAACACAGUUGUUCCAUCCGAAAAAGAACGAAUGCGUUUCAUUGGAUAUGAUUCCUCGAGAACAAGGGGGAAUGAUGCCUGAGUGCGGUACAAAAGUAGACGGGUUCUAUCAGGAUGAGUUUGAGCGAUGUGACCGGUACGUGCGUUGUCAGGGAGGAUAAUACAUUGGCACGGUGAAAUGUGCGGUUGGAGAGGUAUUCGAUGGAUCAAAAGGCGGGUGCGUUCCAAAAGAAAAAGCUUGUGGACCCUGUGGAAAAAUUGACCAUUGCUGAGAGCACAACUUUCACUUUUUCCGAGUCAAAACUGAUGAAAAUGAGCGAAGUGACGAAUGGCGAAGAUGAAUAAGACAUGUUUGAAAUAAAUAGCGUUGCUCAAAAACG